ACCAGUAUUGCUCAUUGAGGACCCCUCAAAGCGCGCAAUAGGACACUGAAAAUGGUGGAGAAUUCGACAGGAAUAGUGGAUGGCAGCAAAUGGUCAGAAAUUCUCUCAUUCGGGCCUCUCAUCACAGAGGUGCUGGUGGGCAUCUUCUUAUACAUCAACGGCCUCAUGAUCUUCACCUUCUUCAUGAAGGAGGCCUUUCGCACUGAUACCCGCUAUAUCCUUUUUGCCCACAUGCUCUUUGUGGAUUCCUCACUGCUGGUGGUGACCAGCUUGGUUGCGCUGCUGACCUACUACAGAGUGACGAUCCCCUAUGAGGCCUGCAUAGUGCUCAACUUGGUCAUGAUGUGGCUGGAAUUUUCCACGCCUCUGACCUUGGUGGCCAUGUGCCUGGAGCGCUAUGUGGCUGUGUGUAAGCCCCUAAGGCACGCUGCCAUCUUCACGCCGAGGAUUAGAGUGGUGGGCCUGCUCCUCAUUUGGGAGCUGGGCUGUGUACCUGCCCUCGUCAUCCUCCUUUCCUUCGCAGCCUUGGUCUCAGUGAAGCAGCUCACCAUGAGAGUCUUGUGCUCCUUGGAUGCACUGAUUGUGAUUGAGUGGCAGAAGUACCUCCAAAUUGCUGUGUUCAAAUUCUAUUUCUUGCUCAUGUCCAUGGUCAUCGCCUUCACAUACGUCAAGGUGGCUGCGGCUGCCCGGUCUGCCUCUGGUAAAAACAGCAAGUCAAGCGCCAAAGGUACGAGGACAGUGGCACUCCAUGCCAUCCAGCUUCUCCUUUGCCUCAUACAGCUACUUACGCCUUUCGUGGACAUGGCUCUGCUAAAGAUCAGCGUGGUGAUCUACAUCUAUAUCCGUUUUGUGAAUUUCAUAAUGUUUGUGAUAGCGCCGCGUUGCCUGAGUUCAUUGAUCUAUGGUUUGAGGGACCAGAAUUUCUUCCAGGCAUUGAAACACUAUGCUGUUUGUGGCCUGGAUAAGAAGGUUCAACCAGCUGCUUCUCAUUCCAGGAAGGUGGAUCUGAGGCAUUAAUGUGAAGGAAGCAAUGAGAGACACUGGAUAAGACUGGAUAGACUGUACAUAUUGGCUAUUGUUAUUAUUAUUGUCCAUCCAUCCAUCCAUCCAUUUUCCAAACCGCUUAUCCUACUGGGUCGUGGUUGGUCCGGAGCCUAUCCCGGAAGCAAUGGGCACGAGGCAGGGAACAACCCAGCAUGGGGGUCCAGCCCAUCGCAGGGCACACUCACACACCAUUCACUCACACAUGCACACCUAUGGGCAAUUUAGCAACUCCAAUUAGCCUCAGCAUGUUUUUGGACU